AGCACCUCCAGCAGCUCAUAGCAGGACCAUUCUAUAUCAACCUUUUUUUGGCUAGGGUUCCUGUCGUGCUCCAGCUAUGGUGGAUGCGACAGGAGUAGAGGCGACACCUGAGAAGUCCCUCUCCUCAGCCGCCAAGACGCUCUACGCGGCGGACAUCUACGCGCUGCAAUACCGGCUCCAUCGCUGCAUCGGGGACAUCACUCCUCUGCUGUCGUGCGCCACGUCGAUCAGCGAUGCACCUUCAGCGAAAGGGACUGGCAGUCGCACCGCUCUUGAACGGCAAGCUCGGCGCCUCGGAGAGGUGCUGCGAGAAGCGAAACAGCUGAGCGCCUGCUUUUUAGAUGGUGAGCAAUGUGAAGCUGAGUUGGCCUCCAACACCGUACUCAACGCUUCGGAGGACGGUGCAGUAGAUGAACCUUUGCGAGCCUACUAUGACCAGCAACUGCAGGAGCGUUACACUCAGAUGCAGCAGGACAUCGUGGCCGCAGAUGGUCUCCUGCGCACCUGGCUUGACUCCACGCCAGGACUGCGUGGGCUGCCCGUUAACUGUGUUGGUACGGCACCUCGCCAACUGAAGAUCGUCGAAGCUGAUGGGUCCGCGCAGGUUUGUUACGUGUACACGGACACACUGACGCCUGCGACGGAACAGCUACCAGCCCCGGCGACGUAUUACGUUGGCCGCGAUCCGGAUGCCUUUCUGAAGACGCAGCCAUCGUCCGAGCCCACUGCACCUCCGUCCGUAAACGAAAGGCCCUCUACAGAGAAUCGCACCACUGACCAGAAGCACGAUGCACCCGCCGUCGCCUCCGUCCGCCCUCCUCCGACCACCGCGGAAGACCGUAUUAUGGAAGACAUCCAACAGGCCAUUCACCAAAUGAAAGAUGGUGCUCUGCAGAUGAGUGCGAUGAUGGAGCAGGAGCGGUCGCAGAUGAAGUCGGCCGCCGAUCUUCUCUCCGGCGGUGUGGCCAAGACGCAGGCGGGCGUGCGGGAGCUGGAUCGUGUGUCUUUCGUGGUGGCGUCAACGAGGGUGCCGUGGGUGCUGUCGUGCGUUCCUGGUAUGCCACUGGUUUGGCGCACGGUGCUGCAGCCCCUGUGGGCACUCGUGAAGCAGGUGCUGCUCAUGGCGGCGAUUCUGGCCAUGACGGGGUGCGUGUUGGUGCUCAUCAGUGCGGUGCCAAAGCCCGUGCUGUUCCGUGGGCAGCGCACCGCAAACCCAACGACGCCGUCACCGCACGCACCUCCGACUGCCAUACCGACUUUUAAUCCGCCGCGGUCCAUUCCAACGGUGUCCCUUUCGCCGCGGGACAACGCUGUACUUUCCUCCGUCACCGCCUCAGACCCGGCUGAUACCCUUUCAUCAGCACCGACGGACGUCGAUCACGAAGAUGGGAAUAGUCAACAGCGCGCUGAUCGUGACCACGAUGCUCUGCCAUUCCACACUGCACCGCUCGAAGUGGAUGAGGACUUGUAG